GCCGGGGGCACGGCCGGGGGCCGGGGCUGACCGCCGGGAAGGGCCCGGGGCGGGCCCGGGUGUGCGGCUCCGCCGGCACGGAACGCGUUCAUUGCUGGAAUGUGCCAGGAAAGGUCCCGCUCCGCCGGGGAACGAACGGCGCGGGAGCGGAGAGCGCUGCUCUGUGCGGUGCUGCUUCCUGAAGAACAGUCCUGACAGCUUCUUGCUUCUGUUACUUGUUAAUUUGUGUGCUUUCAACAUGAGCAGUGAAGAUGAAAUAAAGGAAAAACUGGAUGCGGAAUUAGAUCGCUGUAUUGUGGCUAUGAAGCCCUAUGUCCUUAACCUGCAGAACAGUUCAGAAAGAGUAAGAUGCUCACUAUGGAUUAAAAAACUCUGCAAACCUUCAGCAGCAGGCAUAGGAAUAGUGGGAAGGGAGAAUCGAAACUUGUAUGCAAAACUGCUGCUCCACAUGCUGCAGAGAGGAGUUCUGAACGGGCCCUUCAACCAGAAACCAGAGGAAGGAAUGCUGAAAACUUUGCCUGCCUACAUGUCAGUUUAUUUUGAUGAACCAAGCUCACCAAGAGCUCGGAAUUGCCCUGCUGGCUGCUUAUCUGAGUGGGCGAGAGACCUGGGAAACCAUGACAGCAAUGUAUCCUCUGUGGAGGACUCAUCUUCAGGAACAGCUCCUGCACAUGGGGAAAGACUCAGUGAGAAGCCAUCAGUAAUAUCCCGUUGUCUGAGCUCUCCUCACCGGACAGAUGAAGAUGACCUAGGCACGUCACUGUCUGAUGAUCAACACAAAAGAAAGUUUUCAUUUGAUGAUGAUGACCUCGAAGCACGGCUCAAUAGUUGGAAUCUUGGGUUAGAAAACCCCAGAUACCUGCGAGAGAAACGGGUGCCAAUGACUGUGAUGACACCUAAAAUUGACUUUGGGCAGAGCAGCCCCUCUCGGUACCACCAGGCACUGCUACAAAUGCAGGAGAAAGAGCUGGAAAUGAAAAUGAAAAUAGCAGAAGGUAAAUUUCAUGAAGAAAAACUGAAAUUACAACAGAAGCACGAUGCUGAUGUUCAAAAGAUUUUGGAUAGAAAAAAUGAUGAAAUAGAUGUGCUGAAGUCCAACUACCUAAAGAAACAAAAAGAGUCUGAGGAGAUGAUAAGAAAACUGGAGAAAAAAGUUCAGACCCUUGUUCGUGAGUCCCAAGUCGUGAGAGAAGCCAAAGAGCAGCAGAUUGCAGAGCUGAAGAAGAUGUGUGAGCAAAGCAAUGAUUGCCUGAACAAUGAGUGGGAGAAAAGGCUCCACGACACCGUGGCUGAGAUGGAGAAGGAGAAGUUCAACAUCCGGAAGAAGCACACGGAGGAUAUGCAGGAGCUGCUGGAGGAGACCAACACCCGCCUGGCCAAGAUGGAGGAGGAGUAUUUGCAGCAGACACAGUCAACUAAUGAGACAGUCCAAAAGCUGGGGGCCCGUGUGCAGCAGUUGACUGUUGAGGCUGAAAAUAGUAAUUUACAACGUCAGAAAUUAUCUCAGGAGAAGACUGAGGCAGAGCUGCGCUACCAGGAGGUCUGCUCCCAACUUCAGGAGCUGACAGAAAGGUACAAGUUACUUCAGAAAGACAAGGACCAGACUGUGCAGGAAUACAAGGAGAACCUUCAGCAGCUGCAAAGCAAAUUUGAUGUUGAUAGAGAUUUUCUGAAGCAGGAACAAGCUCAGCAGACAUGUGGGGUGAUUGCAGAGUUACGCUGUGAAAUGGCUCUGCUGAAACAACAAUUGCAGGACUCUGAACAUCAAAGGAAGCAACAGCUGAGGGAACAAGAGUGCAAGGUUCAGCAGGACAAGCUUCGCUUGCAGCGUGCCUAUGAGAAACAGAUUAAUGGCAUUCGGAGUGAUCUGGAUAAAGAAAGAGGGAAUGCUCAAAAGAAAAUCCGCCACCUGGAAGAGGCUCUGAAGGAGAAGGAGGAGCAGCUGAGGCGGGUGACGGAGGUACAGAGGCUGCAGGCCCAGCAGGCAGGCGCUGCCCUGGAGGAGUUUAAGCGGCAGGUGGAGCUGAACUCAGAGAAAGACUCUGCUGAAAUGAAACAGCGGAUGGCAGAGGUUGAAGCAGAUCUAAGCAGAUCAAAAUUGCUGCGGGAAAAGCAAGCCCAGGAAUUCUCCUGGCAGUUGGAUGAGAUCAAGAAAGGAUAUGAACAACAGAUAGUGGAGCUGAAGCUGGAGCAUGAACAGGAGAAGACGCACCUAUUCCAGCAGCACAACACAGCGCAGGACUGCCUGGUCCGAGACCAUCAACGGGAGAUGGAGAAACUGGAGAAGCAGCUUCGCGCUGCCAUGGCAGAGCACGAGAGCCAAACUCAGGACUGCAGGAAGCGAGACGGCCAGGUGAUCUCUGGUUUGGAGAACCAAAUCCGCAAGCUGAGGGAGGAGCUGAUCCAGGCAAACGCCCUGAGGAACCAUCAGCUGCUGGACCUGAGCCUGCAGAGGGACGAGGAGAAGCUGAAGGCAUCUCGAGACAAGGAGGAAGCGCUGAACAGCCUGAAGGUGGAGAUGGAAAAAGUGAUCUCAGACCUGAAGAAGAGGCACAUGGCGGAGACAGAGGCAGCCUUGAAAAAGGCCAACAGGCAGCUGAAGCAGAUGGAGGAGGAGUUCAACCUCCAACUGGCCAGGUCCGCGCAGGAGAUAGCUGAACUGAAGGCAACCAUUUCCUUCUUGACAGAGGAGAAGAGCCAGCGGCAGAUGGUGGUGGAGCAGCGGCUCCAGGAAGUUGUGCAGAAGUUGGAAGAUGAGAAGCAGCAGCUGAUGACAGAUAAUGACAGAGCAGUCAAGGGACUGCCACGAGCUCCCACCCUGAGGUACCAUGGACCUCCUUGGCUCUUUCAUUCCUGCUGCCAGCCUGCCUCCCUCACCACCCUGCACCCACCUUUCCACAGCAGGAUCUCACCUGGAGGAGACCCAGGAAGAGGAUGAGCUCACUCAGGGAGGGAUGAUGCCCACAAGGAGUGUCCAACCCCCUGCACCCACAGCAGAGCCCCAGCUGCUCUCCCUGCUCUGCUCUCUGCCAGCUUUGUUAUGUAAGAAAGGGUAAAAGUACAAACAGGAACACUGAACAUGAAAAGUGAGUUUGUUUGCUUACUGAGAAGCCUGGCAGGGGCAGAAUGGAACUGUAUAAAUAAAAAUUCAGGCUGACAAAUGUUAGGUACCUGCAGGAACACCUGCAGCACUGAUCCAAGCCAGGACUUGGCAGACAGCUGGAAGGAGAAAGGCAGGGUGGGUAUUGACACUGGCUCCAGAAAACAACUCUGUGUGCUGUAUUUAAAUUCCCCUUGCUUUUGUUUCUACUGUCAAUAUCAUUCAUGUCCUUUCCAGUUUUGCACUUGUAAUUCAGCAAGGUAGAGCAGCAAUUACUGAAGACUAUUUAACAAUUUGGAUAUUAUCAGUGGUUUUAAUUGUCUGCCUGGAAACACUUUGACCACAGCCAUGCUCUGAACUCCAAGGAGGGACUCCUACCUGAUGGAUUGUUUUCUUCCUGCUGCCAGAAUAACUCAUCACUUUUACUCAAUGUUUGGUGUCUAUUCAUAACCAUUGUAUGGAAAUGUGUGUUUGCAAAUGAAGUUUGGUGUUGCUGAGCACUCAUUUGUGUUUCUAACUCAGCCUUGUGGUGGGGGUGAAGAGCUGAUGUCCCUUCUCCAUCUCAGCACAGGCCAAGCUCAUUUGUUCUUCCUUAUCAGAUCCUGAACUAGACAGAGCUUUAUGAACUUAACCAGUACUGGAAUUCUUAGAUCUUGCACAUUGUGCCAUAUUUCUUCUCGGUUUUCCUGCAGUUUUUGUCUCAGUUGUGAUAAGGAGAAGGUUUUGGGAUACAUGAAGUAGCUGUGCAAUUUGGCUGAGAGAAGUUGAUGUGGAGCUGCACAAAUGAGAAACUCGUGGUCCUUCAGAACCUGAUCUGUUUUCUGUUAUUUUUAGUCCUCUUGCAUUUAAAAAAUGUUGUCCGUAUAGAAUGUUUUGAACUAUUUACAUUUAUUUUUUAAAAAAGCUUUGUGUGCCUUUUGGGGGUGUCUCAGCUGCCCUGUCAGGACCCUGUGGGUGUCCCUGGGAGGCAAAAGCAGGGGGAUAUCCUGGGGAUGCCUGUUAGAGUCACGAGUAGCUCAGCAGGACUUGUCCUGGGCGGGACUGAGCUCCUCCCUGCCUGUGCAUUUUCAUGUAAGACUCUUUGGCCACAGCAGAAAGAUCUUCACACUGAAAGAGCAGAGUUCCAGUUCAGAACUGGGUUGAAACAGACUUAACAAACCCCCCCACAAAAACAAACAAACAAACAAAGCCCAAAAGCUGUCAAUGGAAAUCAAUCUGCUUUGUCCCAACUGUGAUAAGAGCUCUUGACACCCCACUAAAAGUGUACCUGAGGCACAGCAAUAGCUUUGGUGAGUGUUUUUCCCCUCUUAUCCUCUUCCUAGCUUGCCUGUGUAUAAAUUACACCUCAUUCUUACCUCUACUGGAGAAACUAGAAGCACCAAAAAAUGCAGCAUGGGCUUCAAUGUUUAAAUAAUUACUUUUUAGGGAAACAAACCCAAUAAAUUUAAAUUAGAUAAAUUCUGAUUUUUUGUAUCAAUGAUUCUGGUUCAGCUGUAAAGAAUACAACAGAGUUAAAGAAAUACAGUGGUGAGGACUCCCAGAAACGAGUUGUGCAGGAAUCAGAGUAAAGUGUUUUGUAUAAAAAGCUAUCAGAAA